GGUCAUUACGCAUCCGUAUACCUGUGUGCGCAUACCACGAUGCGGCUUAAUAUAAGCUUGAACGGGAAGGGUUUUUAUACCAUUCAAUCAAGUAGUGCCGAUCCGACGUUUUGUAUAAUUUGCACCACUGAAGUGAAAAAGAUAUAAAUCGGACGUCGCCACGAGAGGUUCUUUGACAAUUAUUCACACACAUAGAUAAUUACGAUGGCGAAACGGUACGAAUUUUGUGGUUGUUGGUUCGUUGUUAUGAGUUUCGCGGUCUGCUACACGUGCGGCUCCGGAGACAAGAUUAUCCCCAAUCAGGCACACCGUGAUCACCGAUUCUUCCUUCAGCAAAUUUUUGACAAAUACGGAGACAAGGGCAUCAUCACUUUUGAGGGCUUUGAACAUCUGCUGGAGAACCUUGGACUCGGGCGGUUGUCAUUUGAAAAGAACCACAACGUCUCGGCGCACCGCAUAAACGGCUCUUUCCAAGAAAUGCACGAUGCCCUCCAACUCCACGACCAUCGCCACGGCGCCCAAGAGUUUUCCGAGUUUUACGCGGACGAUGAUGCAAGUUACCAGGAUAACGGACACUUUGUCAAAGCCGACGAAGUCUUCGCCAAGGCUGACGAUUUCUCGACAUCCGAAAGAAACUUCGGACAAUCCACGACAAAGUUCGCAAAGAGGAAUUUAGCUGAAGAAAUAUCCGGAGAACAAGUCGAGCAGUAUGAGGACAGCCUGUGUCUCUCGCCUCAAGCCCUGCUCCAAACUUUUGGUCUGAGACCAAAUCAUUCCGUUGCGAUUAAACCGCCGCGCUUUUUGCACCUCUGUCCGGCGAUCGUUUACCAGCUCGAUCGCAGGGCUUGCGAUGUCAGAGUCAAUUCGACGUUGAGCAUCAAAGUAGGAUUUAGUAAAAGGGUGUCGCAGACCGAGGCCUGGAUUCACGCGACUUUGGCCACUGGGGUGAUCAGCUCCGUGGGACUUUUGGCCGUUACCAUGGUGAAACUGACUCGGCGUCCGUCGUUCCUUCACUUCCUGGUUGCCCUGGCUGUCGGCACGCUCAGCGGGGACGCCCUGCUGCAUCUUCUGCCGCAUGCUCUGCUUUCAGAGGAUAUGGAUCACGAGACCGCUGCGCUCAGAUGUAGCGCAACUUUCUUAGCCGUUGUACUUUUUUAUGCACUGGAAGCCACUCUCUUCCUCGUUAGGUCUCCUAAGCUUCGGAAGAAGGAGGCUCCCGGCAACGAACACGACGUCUCCUUUGAGCUAGGAGCCUCGUCGGCUGCGAAUAAAAGUGUGGAGGAGGCUGGCUCGAUGCUGACGCAGCACGGCCACUCCCACGGUCUCCCAGAGGGAAAAUCGUCCUCUCUGGUCCUCCUCAUUCUCGUCGGCGACGGCCUCCAUAACAUGGCAGACGGCCUCGCAAUCGGUGCCUCCUUCGCCAGCGACCCGGUCGCUGGGCUGGCGACAACAAUCGCUGUCUUUUGCCAUGAACUGCCCCACGAACUCGGUGACUUCGCGGUCCUGAUAAACACCGGAAUGAGCGUGAGACGGGCUCUGAUGUAUAACCUUCUCUCUUCAGCACUCAGCUUCGUCGGCGCCGCGGUCGGUGUGUGCCUCGGCGAAAUUGGGAACGCCAGCCAUUGGAUAUACGCUGUGACCGCUGGCAGCUUCAUGUACAUCGCUUUGGCCAAUUUGGUACCAGAAAUGAUGUCGUUUGUGAAAACCGACGCGAAGGCACAAGGAAUUCUUAUCCAGCUUUCGGGAAUCGCUCUCGGAGGCAUGUUGAUGUUGCUUAUCGCUCUACAUGAGGAAAAGCUUAUGGGUCUUCUUUCGUAAAACGAUUCUACUUCGUCAAUUGACAAUUAUUUUCGUUGGUAUGCGUUCGAAUAGGAUCACGAAAAUUAUGCUGAAUUAGCACCAGCAAAGUCGUCACACAGGAAAACAAAAUUACCCGUUAUGACUCAGGGUCGCAUAUUCCAUACCAAAUCAGAAACCGUAUAUAUACUCAACUAUACGUUCGACUCGUGCGUACUAAACUAAAUAUUAGAAUAUAAGCUGUAUGAUAUUUCAUUCGCUUAGGUUCAUCCGACACAAACAUGCAGUUGUCAGCACGAACAUCGUGUGGAUAUGGUGUAUCCGUGUAAAUAAAAUUCUAUUACGUA